UCCUGUGCUGCAGAUUCCCAUCACAACAACUCCAACAGCAUUGUAACUUACACACUUCCACUUCAACUGCCCACGGAGUCACUUUACACGAUCAAACAUCCGCGUGGACAAUUAAUUCCUCAUGGAUAAAUGCUAAUAUUCCCGCCGCUGGCUGCCCAGUGAUCAGAAACUCCGGACUUUUAUUUUGUUUUCUAUAGUGUGUGUUAUCUGGUCAUGCUAGUUAGCUAACGACUGGUGACAAGAUAAAGACAAACCUAAAGCCAAAUAGCCUUAUUUUUUUAUUUAUUUCUAUUCAGAAACGUCGAUUUUACGAGGUGAUUGUGUAUUAGGGCGAUUCUGCUUGGAGGUCUCUGUGUUUAAAUGUAGUUUAAUAGUUAGCUCGUGCUAACAUCACUGUUAAUGACAGGGCUGUGUAGGUUUUGAGCAUGUAUUGGGCGGAUAAAGGUGAUUAAUUCGGGGUUUAUCAGUGCUCUGGGGAGCUCUUUGUUCAAAGGAAGAAGAGGAAGAUGAAGAAGAGGAAGACGAUGAUGAAGAUUAGAUCAACAGGGAACUGACUGUAAACAGACACAGAAGAAAAUGCCCAGACGGAAACAGUCCAAUCCACAGCCUGUCAAAUUGGAGGCGGGAGAUGGAGUUGUGGUGGGCGAUCAAGAGAAUCUGGUGCUGGAGAGUGAUUUUCUGCUUGGACAGGACCUGGGCUUCGGAGAUAAUGACUACAGGAUCGUCGGUUUUGAGAGAGACUCUGACUCCGUCACGGCAGAUGUGGGCCUGCCGUUGUACGGCUUUAGCGAUGAGGACUGUUCCACCUACAACCACCUGGGUAUGGAGAGUGAUUUCGAGGACCCCCGUGACACAGAAAGCGAGCGAGAGGAGAUCGGCUCAUACCUCUCUUGCAGACAGUGCGGCCAGCUCCUCGGCGACCCCCUGACCGGCGCGCUGGAUCUCGCAGGCCUGUACUGCCUCCAGUGCGGAGCGGAGGAUGGAGACGCAGACCAUCAGGAUAGAGCUCAAGAGGAGGCCCAUCCCACUGAUGACGCGCAGUUGGCGACGAAUCGGAGCCGAUCCAAUGGAAACGCCAGCAAGACCUACUCCUGUAAACUGUGCAGCUUUACCUCACGCUACUCCAAUCACCUGAAGCGGCACAUGAAGACGCACAACGGCGAGAAGCCGUAUCAAUGUCAGCACUGCACGUACGCCUCCGCCCAGCUGGUGAACCUGCAGAGGCACGUGCGCACCCAUACUGGCGAGAAACCCUACAAAUGCGAGUUCUGCACAUUCGCCUGCAACUCCCUGGGCAACCUGAAGAGGCACCAGCGCAUGCACGCGCAAGAGAAAACACUGGACUGCAACCAGUGUGACUUUCAUGCCACCAACAGCCACUCUUUAAAGAAACACAUGAUGAGCCACAAGGAGGAGAAAGCGACAGAAGAAGAAGCCGUUGUGUCUGAUCUCACUCUGCACAUCAGCAGCGACCCCGACUUCCUCCAGAGCUACGACACCCUGCAGACAGACCAGCACCCCCCCGCCCUGCUGGACACCCAAGAGUCCGACCCCCUGCCCGAGCUGCUCUUCCCCUUCACGUGCCGCGUGUGCGGCCUGGUCCUGGAGGACGAUGAAGGAGCGGUGACGCAAAUCUGCGGCAAAUGCACGCUGGAAAUGCUGUCCAAAAGCUCGCCCACCAGCCCAGAGAAAUGCGACAAGCUGUUCUCCUGCACCUCGUGCCCUUUCGUGACUCAGUACCCCAACCACCUCGCCCGUCACAUGAAAACGCACAGCGGCGAGAAGCCCUACAAGUGCCCGCAGUGUGACUACGCCUCCGCCCACUUCGACAACCUAAAGCGGCAUCACCGGGUGCACACGGGCGAGAAGCCGUACAAAUGCCGGGCGUGCGACUACGCCUGCGGCAAUCUGGCCAAUCUGAAGCGUCACGAGCGCAUUCACUCGGGUGCCAAACCGUUCCAGUGUAGCGUGUGCAGUUACAGCUGCAACCAGAGCAUGAACCUGAAGCGACACAUGCUGCGGCACACUGGCGAGAAGCCCUUCAAGUGCCAAGAGUGCGGCUACACCACCGGCCACUGGGACAAUUACAAACGGCACCAGAAGAAACACGGCCACGCUGCCGAAGGCUGGAUCAAGACGCAGCUGCCGGAGAAAGAGGACGAGGAGGAGGAAGGAGAGAUGUAGGAGUGUCUUCCUCUUCUGAUGUCCAAGUCCAGUUGCCUUAAUAAUAUUGAACUAUUCCAUUGAGCAAAGGUGCACAGCGACAGCGCACAUGUGUUUUGAUUGUAUUUUGUACCCUUUUACAGCACCUGAAUUGAUGACAACAUCACAUAAUGGGAUUUAAAGGGACAGUUUAACCAAAAAUGAUUUAUAUUUUGAGAAAUGUUGUUCAAUAACCAACACAUCUUUAGUGUUCUGUAAAGUAAGAAAGUCAUACAGGUUUGAAGUGACAAGAGUAAACGAUGACAGAAUUGUCAUUUCUGGAAACACUGUCCCUCUAAGAUUUAUUAAACUCAAAAAACAAUUUUGGGUGAGAUUCAUCAAAUGCAGCGAGGUAAUGCACAAGACUUGAGAAUGAGAAUAACGGCUUUGUUGAUGUUUGUAAAAACAGCGAGCGGUUCUACAUCUAGACCUGAUUGUUUAUGCAAACUGGAAUUUCUUGUGAUUUUAGGGUGUGAUGUGAACGGGACGUGUUGUGAUGUUGGAUUUACACUGAAGAUGUCUGCCGGCUGCUAUCUUCACAUAUGCACAAUGAUUCAGUAACGUUGCCUUUCUCUCGUUCUUUUACUGUAAUAUCUGGCUGCACUGAUGGGGGACAGAAACACUGAUGUUUAUCAGGGCAUUAUAUAGGAACACUUCAUCUCAUGAAGACUCUGCAUAGAGAAAUGUCUGGGUCACGUUUAACUCCCAAAUCAAAGCUGAGAGAUUGAAUUUUGUGUGAAGAAACUGAGCCAGUUUUUAGGACCAUGAAAUUUUUUUUGCAUGAUGACCCCAAAUAUUUCAUUACUGCAUUAUAAUACUCACACAAAUGAAAUAUUAUUGCAAAGUACAUAUAAGAUCUUUGUUGUAUUUUUUAUUGGUUCUUUUGCCGUUUGAGGGAAAAUGACUCUUAAACGUCAAUGCAAAAAUAAUCGAAAUGGUCUUACAAAUACGGUUUAUUAUGCAAAAUAUUAUAACAUAUUAUUUUUCAUUUGAUUAUUAAAUGCAGUAUGACCCAGACAUCUUUGUGUGGUUCACGUGUGUGUGUGUGUGUGUGUGUGUGUGUAUGAAGGUUAGGGUUAACCUUUAUUUGACUUUCAGAUUUCCUGCAGUUCAAUUUCGAUAAAAGUGUGACGCCUACUGUGACGUUGUCCUUGCAAAAAGGAAUCAUAUGGAAACCUGUAAAGGUUUAUUUUUCUCCAGCAUUCACUCAAAAAUCCUUUGAUUCUGUUCAAAACAAACCAGUUAGUUGAGGAAAAAGACACCGGACACACUUUAUGAUCUUUUACGUUUCUUUUAUUAAAAAGGACAUGAGCAGUUUUGUGAAAAGCAUUUUGUUGACAGAUCAUGUUAUAAAAGGAAUAUUUUCAUCAUUGUGGUUUUGAUACUGCGUUCAUGCUGUCACAGCCAUGUCACUGUAAUGGAUCAUGUUCAUUCAGUGCAUAUCAGGGAAUAACUGGAUGACAAACACAGCACUGAAUGACGUCUGCUCUCGUGUGAUUAUUUAUGUACUGUAUCUGUUUCUGUGGGCCGCAUUGAGCUUUCUGAUGUUUGUACAAAAAUCUGAUGAACUGUCAAGUGGCCUUUGGUUUUCAAAAUAAAGAUGUUUUUAGCUUUUAUUAAAAACAUUUGCCUUGAGACAUUUGUAACACUAGAUGGGAAAAAA